AUGGAACCCUCGUUCAAGCCGAUCGACAUCUCCUUCCCCGUUCCAAAACACCCAUACAUGAAUUUCCAUGCUCAUCUCACCCCCUUCGGCAAAUGUACCAUGGUCCAUCUGACAACUACGAAUAUUGGAGACUCGGAAGCGUCCUUGCCGCCGUUGGGCAGUUUUGUCUAUGCGAUGCCUGAUAUAAGAAACGACCGCGAAGUGGUCAGUACCGCCCUGGCAAACUCCGGCUCAAGCAUCGACUACGCCACUCGAGUAGCCAAGAUUUUGGCCCGGAAGACGAAACAGCCUGUAUACGUGGGCUGUAGCAUGAACUUCGCCGGCCUCACUGCAGAGGAGGAGAUGGAAGGGCUCACUGUCGCCAUUGAUCACAUAAUGCAGAAGUGGCCUCGAAUUACAUGA